UCUCUCUCUGUCAGAGCUCGGCGUUGACAGCCACUGGCCACUUGAUCAGCUUCACUUCUUGUCGGGGUUUGUGUGUCUCCAAUGCAAGACUGCUGAAAAAAAGACGCUCCAAUUUCUUUUCCAUUCGCAAGAGGAAAAAAAGCACAAGAAGUAGAAAUAAAAAAAAAAAACUUUAAGUUGAUUUUUUUUUCUACACUCAUCACUGUCUCACAGCUUUUGCACCAUGUCUGGAGAGGACGCACCUGCCGAGCAGCAGAACGCAGUGGACCAGAAGCAGGAGACCAAACCCGCCGAGGAGCCCAAAGCUGAGGCGCCCAAGACGGAGCCUGCUGCAGCAGCCACCGCCGAGGCAGCCUCCGAGGCGACCACCGACAAGGUCCCCGAGGAGGAGGCGUUCACCUACCGCGCUCUGGUGCUCACCGGCUACGGAGGCUAUGACAAAGUGAAGCUGCAGGUGAAGAAGGGCAAGCCGGUGCUCAAGGCUGGAGAGGUGCUGGUGCGCGUCAAGGCGUGCGGGCUCAACUUCGCAGACCUGAUGGCCAGGCAGGGUCUGUACGACCGGCUGCCGUCUCCACCGGUCACACCCGGGAUGGAGUGCUCCGGAGUGGUGGAGGCUGUAGGGGAAGAAGUGACAGACAGAAAAGUCGGCGAUAGGGUGAUGGUGCUGAACCGCUUCGGGCUGUGGCAGGAGGUGGCGGUGGCGCCGGCGACCCACACCUUCCUCAUCCCAGAAGGCAUGAGCUUCGAGGAGGCGGCGGCCCUCCCUGUGAACUACAUCACCGCCUAUAUGAUGCUGUUUGACUUCGGCAACCUGCGGCCCAACCAGAGCGUCCUCAUUCAUGCUGCUGCAGGUGGUGUGGGUAUUGCAGCCACUCAGCUGUGCAACACGGUGAAGGACGUGACCGUGUUCGGUACGGCGUCCGCCAGCAAGCACGAGACCAUCACCCAGGGUGGAGUCACGCAUCCCAUCGACUAUCGCACCAAGGACUAUGUGGAGGAAGUCCGCAAGAUCAGUCCGAAAGGGAUGGACAUAAUACUGGACCCUCUCGGAGGAUCCGACACCCAUAAGGCCUACAACCUGCUGAAACCUAUGGGCAAGCUUAUCACCUAUGGUGCGGCUAACAUGCUAGCGGGCCAGAAGAAGAACCUGAUCGCCGUGGCCAAGAACUGGUACCAUCAGUUCUCCAUCCACACGCUCAGCCUCAUCCAGGGGAACAAGUCGGUGUGUGGCUUCCACCUGGGCUACCUGGACGGGGAGAUGGAGCUCAUCACCCAGGCCAUGAACACCGUCCUGGAUCUCUACAAGCAGGGCAAGGUCAAGCCCCGCAUCGACUCCACUUGGCACCUUGAGCAGGUGGGCGACGCCAUGAGAAAGAUGCAGGAGAGGAACAACAUCGGCAAAGUGAUCCUCAACACGGAGCCGAUGCCCGAGGAGGAGAAGAAGGAGGAGCCCAAGAAGGAGGACAAGAAAGAGGACAAGAAGAAGGACGACAAGAAGAAGGAUGACAAGAAGAAGGACGAUGGCAAGAAGGAGGAGAAGAAGGAUGACAAGAAGAAAGAGGAGCCCAAGAAGGAGGAGAAGAAGGAGGAGGAGAAGAAGGAAGAGCCCGCUAAGGAGGAGAAGUGAGAGGGAGGGAUGGAUAGUCAAGCAGACCGGCAGGGAGUUUGUGUCCUGGGAGCAGGGGGUGGGGGGAAGGAUGGAGAUGGGGAUGGAGAUGGGGAUGGAUGGGGUGGGAGGGCGGGGGUGGAGUGUACGCAAGAGUCAGAAGGGUAGAUUACAAAAUUAUCACACCACUGUCGAUCGUUCAUCUCUUUCGCCUCCCCUCCGCCUCACCACAAUGGCGGUGAUUACUCAGGCCUGGCUCCACCCACCCCACCCCCUCCUCCCGUCCCGUUUUCUUGCCUUCAUCUAAAAAAAAAAUUUAAAAAAAUUCCAAUCACUUGUAACACCUUGUAAGCUCCAAACUUAUCUCUCUGCCUCACAAGAUCGUGAAAGCAGUCGCAACACUCGAGAGAUUUUUUCCUCCUAUCGGGAGUGACGGAGACAAGAGGUGGAUUGUGGGUAUGGUCCAGGCCUGGGGCAAAUUACUGUUUCCUUGACAACCGUAAUCCCUGCUCGCACUCCGGCCCCACCCUCGACCCCCCGUUGCCCCUCCGCACCUCAACUCCCACUGUGCUAAAUUGUUCUGCUCUGACUUCCACCUGCCACCUCCUCUUCCCCCCCUCACUGUGCUGAGUCCCCCCCCACCCACACCACCACCACCUCCCACACCACCCACCCUACCCCCACCCCAACCCAUCAACGGGCCGGACCCACAGACAGGCACAAAGACAGGCAGAUAAACGGAGAACCACACCCACCCACGCGUUGCUCUCUUAGUGUCCAACGCUUAGUUAUGUCACUGCGGAUGAGUCAGAGAUGCCUGUGAUUGGCUGAUGCACCCCGGCUCCCUCUGGAGAUAUUUGCAUCAUGGUUCUGAUCAAGAUGUUUGAUUGCUCAGGCCUAACAUGCUUAUCAUUUUAGCUUCGAUAUAUCAGCAGAGAAUGGAGCUCCAUAAUUCAUGCGUUCCCACCAAUUUCCAGUAAUAGUGACUGCACUUUUGCACUCGCCUGAAUAUGAAUUUCCCUCAUAAUGAGCCUCUCUGUGCAGCGUUGAAUAGGGAGGCAGAAAAUCAUCGCUCAGCUUCCCUCUCCUUAGUUACAGAUUUUUCUAGCUGACCAACUGUUGGCAAGAAGUGCGCAGUGCCAAUUAAGAGAGAAUUUCUGUUCAAACACACAUACACACUCUGAGUGUGAUGAAAGAGGCACUGUCGCUGCUGAGACAGCGUCUGAAAUAAGAAAUAUCAGCUUCUUUUUCUCUCCUCGGGAUCAGGCUUUCUCCCUCCCCGAAUCCUCCUCGAGGCAUUCCAUGGCAUUCUGCUCCUUUCACAGCGACCGCUCGCCUGUCGAUCACCCUGACCUGAGAGAGGAGAUUUCAAUUCAAGCUGGCGUCCAUACUUCGCCUCCCCUGCUUGUCUCUACUCUCCCUCCUCUUUCCAUUUCCCUCUCUAUGGUCGGCAUAGCAACAGGCGUCAGGCUCGUCAGAGAAGGCACUGUGGUCUGUUUCUCUGCCUCCCUAACUCUGUAUUUGCCAGUCGGUGCUGUCAAAUCUAGUAGUGCUCCAACAGGUGUAAAAUGUAUUAAGGGUUUAUCAAGUAUUGCACUAAACCAAACAGUUUGUUCAAACCAGUGAAAUUGAAAUCAAGUAUUGACAAUGUGUGCAAUCGGUUGUGUGCUUGCAAAAGCAGUGCACCGCUCCCCCUAAUGGCCGGUAGGCAUUUAGUCUCACUUAAAAGUAAAUCCUUAGCGUUUCAUCAUAAAUCCCACUGGGUGGACUCUAAAUCUUUCAUGUAGGAGGAUAUCAACUUUAAACCUUUAGACAUUUAUCUACCUGUCUGGCUUUCUGUCUGUCUGUGAGCCCGACCUCGGUGUCGAGACUCAGAUGGUGACUAGUGACUUUGUAAAAAACACAAAUGUUUGAAAAAAAAAAAAAGGAAAAAAGUUGUUGUGUUAGCAUGAGUGGCCUCCCUCAUGUGCUGUGUGUGGUGUGCCAUUGUGUGUGAAGAUGUGUGUGUCCUCAGGUCGUUUGUCAGGUUUUAAAAGCACCCUACCUAUCCCUGCCACGACCCCUCCUCACACUACUCUGCUACAGUAUUAUGUAGCUCCGAACCCUCCCUCUUCUUACCCUCCUCCUGUCUGAUAAGAGGCCUGUGUUAUGAGGACAGUUGGUAUUAGUAUUUUGCACUCUGCUCGCUGAUCUUAAUGCACUUACAGGCAUGGCGGUCGCACUCCGAGUCCCACGCAGGCUUUGAUUCUGCUCCAGGUUUGCAGCCUGUUUCCCGUCAACCACUCCCAGUGUAUCUGCUGAAGCUCACUGAAAGCACAGGUGGCACACACACACACACACACAUACACACACACACACACACAUGAUCAUGUAAAGGUCCCCCUCAUUUUCAGCUCGCCAGUCCCUUCCCAGGCCAGCUUCUCCUGGGUGGCAGCUAAAAUCAAAGCAUUCAUCCAUCCCUGACGGUGGGGAGUAAAACGUGGAGCAGGACGGAGCGGACUGGGCUGGUGUGCGACCGCCAUGCCGGUGUGGGGAGUGACUGUGUCAUGUCAGCCUCUGGUUAGUGUUCUGUUCUAAUCUGCUGGGCUCCCUUUGUGAACCUGUGGACGGUGCCAUGUGAGAAACAAACGCUUCAGUAAAAAAAAAAAAAGGAUGUUUUACUUAAUAUGUUAUUUUAAUUUACCUUUAUAUUUCCGUUUGUUUGUCUGUUUUGUUAUCCAAGGGUUUAAAGUUCAAAGCUCAUACUCUUAUUAUUAUGUGGGGACCUUGCCAACCUGCACUCCUUUUUAAAUGUGAUCUUUCUGUUGGUUUGAACCAUGUGUGCCAAAUUGUAUGUAUAUUCCUCUUGUCAAUGCUUUGAAUAUUAACAUUGCAUAAAAAAAAAAUAUGAAGAAAAUUCUGUUCUUGGAUGCAUUUCAACCUUGAAGAAAAAGUGAGAAUACAAAAGAGUCAUCGCGGUGCUGACAGAAUUGUUGCUGCAGUUUACAAAAAAAGGUUUUAACACAAUUUGUAGUUUUUGGAUUGGUUGCAGUCUUGCUCCGGCGUAGGCCUGCAUUGUGCCUCUCUCCUUGCACACAGCUUACCUCAAUCCGAGGCCUCCGUAUUUAUAUCCUUUUCACUGUGUUUUACCAGCUCUCUCGCAUCAUGUUUGACCACAACUGGUUGAAGUGUUUACAACCAUACUAUUAGUAUCACCGUGAAAAGGGCCUUUAAGGUUCAAAACUCCACCAAAAGACAUAUAGAUUCACAGAAAUUUCCUCCCAAUCCAAAGCUCCAUGGUAUUCCUCUCUAUGGAUUCCUUUCAGUUUCUUUCCAAAUGGCUUGUGUAGCAAGUGAGGGAGCAGAUGUUUUCACACAGCUGUGCAGGGAUGCCAAUACUGUAACACAGCUGCACAAAACCCCAGCUUAUUGGCUGAUCUUAGCUCAGCUCCGGCCUGCCCCAGACGCAACAUUUCCGCUCUACAGCUGAUCUCAGUUCACUCAAGGAUUAUUAGACGUCCCUCUUUUCCUGUGCUGCAUCUUUGGAGCCUCUCUUGGCCGGGACAACAGUCACAGUCCAAAAUUCCUCCCUAUAUCGCUCCCCCUUUUCUCUCCAUACACAAUCAUAGCGAAUAAAACAUUAAUUUGACAUCUGGAAUUUGAAAUUGCAUGCAUUCAUCGGCAUGUGGAAAAGCGAUUAUGAUCUCUUUCUUUCAACGUUUUCCCCCUCGGUUCUUUUUGAGCUAAGAUGCCUUUGAGAUGAACUCAAUCAGUUGGGCGGCUGCCUGAGAGCACUUCCACCACGGCGAAGCUGCAGCGUAAUGUCAUCUUGAAAUGGUUUCCCAGUCAUUCCAGACACUUAUGCAAGAGUGCUUAGCAACUCGGAGAUGCAAGGGAGAAAAACAGUGUUUCAAAGUCAAAAACAAACAAAGUGGUAACUUUCUGAAUAUUUGCAGUUUUAGAUUUGAUAUUACUAAUUAACACUCGUAGUUUUAGGUUUGAAAAAAAUGCACUAAGACAAUGAGUUCUGAUAGCUUCUGUCUGUCGUGGCGUGUACAGCUGAAGUCCCUCACAGGCGCCCACCGUUCAGCUUUGAGGUUUCUGUUUUAUAUGGUUUCUCAGGUCAUUCCAAACAGCAGGUUUCUUCACGUAGAAACCACUCCAUUUUGCAUUCACUAACACACACAUCGUUUUGUUUCACUGCACAAACUGUCACGCCAUCCAUGUUCGAUGUAAGCUUUAGUAUUCCCAGUCAAAAGGUGAUUCUCUAUCAGUGACUCACUGAGAACCCAACAACCACAUCUGCCUGCAGCUAUUGUUUCCUUAGCGGCCAUUUUUCACAUCACAGCAACAUUGCAGAGAUGCUACGGGAGUCCAACCUGGCUGGGCGUGUCGUGUACAGUACUAGGAUGCAUGUUUAGUCGACCAGAAAAUAAGGCAUGUGUUGAUGUACAGCUCACCGUCUCUUUCCACGAUAGUUUAGUAGUCGUGUAGUGGCGUGGUGUGAGGGAGGAAAUGCCCUUCCAGUCGUAUCAAGUUGCCAACUGAAGCCAAUCCACUGCCCCCGUCCUCGCCUUCAGCAUGGCCAGCUGGUUCAUCCAUGAUACACCUUGACCUAUCUCUGGGAAUGUUUCACAUCUAUCCCACCACACACACCUCCUGUCACCACCGGUAAUUUUCUACAAGGCAUACCCAACAGGUUGAUUUCUACGCUAGUUCUCCUCUACUCUGUCCUUCCUUGUGUUGUUGGGUUUGGUUUUCCCUGGUUGCAAACACUCUUUCUCGUCUCAACUUUGUUUUUUAAACCCUUUGAAUUGAUGCUGCUUCUGUGCUUGACUCUGGGUUUACUGCGUGGUGCCAUGUUGUCCACAUGGCCUCUAGAGCUUGUAACGCUUCAGUGUGUAAUGUUACCAUAUGCCUUACAUGUUUUCCAGGACUAAUAAAAAAAAGCAUAACAAAA